GACGAAAGCAGCGAUUUCUAAAUAAGCAGAGUUCGCCAAGAUAUGUAAAUUUCUUGAUUGCCGCUUGCUGAUUCAAGAGCUACCCUCGACUGCUUCGAUCACGAUGUGAUAGUGUACCCUGAUACUGACGUUUAAGGCUAAUUAUUUUUGAAACACUUAUUUACCGGUUAUAUGUGCAUUUAUCCACUCAAACAAGUCUGGCCAUAUCUAUUUGAACAGCGAGGAACAGCGUCUCAUUUUACCGGUGACUGAAGGCUCGAACUGAUAAGUGUUCAGUUUCUGAGGUUGUUAACGUUGUUCCGCGAAGAAGUCACGCCGACAAAUAUGGCAUAUAUUUCGACCAGAAUGCCGUUGUACCUUAAGAGUAUUCUGCUUUCUUGUUUUCAAGCAAUGGUGCUUUCUCCGGCGACUGGUAAGUGAAUUUUCUCAUUCUGAAUGAAUUUCAAUAUUGGACUGAGGCAUUCACUCAUUACUUUCAUCCAUGAAGUUCUAGUUAAACGACCGCUGUGAUCUUUCUAAUCCGGAUCCGAGAAAUGUUUGAAUUCUAAUAUAUAAACGGACCACAUAACGUACUAAUCCGGAAUUCUGUACGUAAUACUUUAAUUUUGUAAAGACUAUGGGGCCGUGUUCAUUAACUCUCCAUUUCUUUCAGUCAUAUGUGCACCACCAUGAAAAGUUUUUACUGCACAUGCUCCGGUGUAUACACUACCAACCACUGUGAAACAAAGAAUUUCUUCUGCGGUCAAAACAGUCAAAAUAGAAAAGCAUGUAUGGGGUUGAAAAUACAAAAAUUGCGGUGCUUCUGUGAGUAGGCUUUUGUGACGAAAAGCUAGAAGACAUGUGUUUGAGAAUGCAAAUGACUACGUUGUUUAGUCUGACGAACAUUUAAGAGAUUUUUACAUUUUGCUGUAACGCUCAUCGAAAUCCGUCUCGUUGGACAGGUAAAACUCGACUGAGUGACUUUAUUUUAACUUUUUGAAUUAAUAUCUGUUAACCAAGCCUCAAAAACUAAAACUGAGUUUUUGCUUUUAAGAGACAAUUUUGGGAACUAAAUUGAAACUUAAGAAAAAGACAUCAAAACCAGCAAAAUGAUAUCUUUUCCAAACGUAGUCAUUUAAACUGUUUUGUUAGCGACUUGAGACUAGAUAAUAUCAUAUCAUUGUCAAAAUUGACACUAUCAUAAUAAAUUGACCAAAACCAAUAAAUUAUUAACCAUCAAAAAUUAAUUUGAGAGUUGGGACAAAUGUGCCUAAUGCAAGAUAAGGUAAGGCUAAAGAAGACAAAUCUGAGUUAUUAGAAGUAAACGAAGUUUCAAACCCCAGGAUAGCGGAGUGGGGAAACUUUUUAGCAUUCUCACAAGCUUUCGAUUCCAUCGGGGAAUCAGUCUUUUAUAACACGCAUUGAGUUGGACGUUUUGUGACGUGAUUUAUCGCAGGGAGCCUGUAACAGGCGUGCAAUGUGAAUUUUCGUAUGAUUGGUGCUUCAAGGCAAACGUCUACAGGUUGCAAAAUAUAUAACAUAAAGUCGUAAACAUUUUUUUGAAAGCUUUUUCUUUGGGUAUAAAUUAGCGUAUUUUAGGAAGGAUGUAACUUGGUUCCAAGUCUUCUAAAAUCUGGUGGAAGAUCUAAGUCGUUGAUUCAUUUCUCCUUUUCGGGUUUUUUUUUUUUUUGCAACUUCUCUUAAUCGUCCCAUGUACCGGAUUCCCUGAUUCCGGAAUCCGGGAGAUUUUUAGACUACGAGUAGUCCCCAUUUUUCCUCAGGGAUACAGCGAGCGAAACGCGAGCGCGCGUGAAAAUCACCCCACGCAAGAAAGGCGACACGCGGCUAUUUUUCUCUCUCACCGCCGCGUCUCGCCUUUCUCGCGUGGGAUAAUUUUCACGAGCGCUCGCGUUUCCCUCGCUCUACUAUCCCUGACGAAAAAUGGGGACUACUCGUAGUCUAGGAGAUUUUCGCUUGUGUGAUCCGGAAUACAGCUCAAGGAAUCCGGAAUUCCACUAACGAUUGGAUUCCGGAAUCCAAGUUACACCGACCGAAAGAAUCCGAAAUCAAGUAAUGGAAUCCGGAAUUAAUCCGGAAUCCAUGGCGUAGAAUCUAGAAUCCCAGACUAACUUGGACUCCCUUACGUGCAGCGACGACCUUAAAAUUUAGUACCAUGAGGGAUUAUGAAAAAAUCCUAGCCUCCAGUUACUUUUUUCAACAGCUGAGCAACUUGUUAGCUCUUGGGGCCCAUGGAGUGCUUGUUCUAGCAAAUGUAAGGGUGACCAGAAAAGAACCCGGCAGUGUAUUAAUCAAGCGCCUUCAGAAACGUGUGAGGUCGAUUUGGAGCAAGUCAGAGAAUGCAGUCAGCCAUCAUGGUCUGCUGGUUGUUUUUGUAAGUAACACUUGUCCGUUUACAUUGGCGGAUCCAGGGGAGGGGCCGGGAGGGGAGCUGACCGCCCCCCCCUUAUUUUUAGACCAAACUCAGGCCCGAAGGGCAGAAAAAAAAACUGAGACCGCCCCCGUCCCCCAUCCCCCCUUAUCUGAAGGUUUGGGUCCGCCACUGGUUUAUAUCUGGUAGAGGUACAAAGUAUUUAGGUCUCUGCUGUAAAUCUUAAGCAUAAUAAUAAGGACUAUACGAAAAAAUUCAAUUGUAACCGGUUCCCAUUGUAGCGUUAAAAUGAUUACCUCAUGUGGCCAAUCAGUUGAAUAAACUUUUUGUAGAUUAAAAACGUGACUUAUAAGGAACUUUAAUUACAAUUUACAAACAUUUCGGGGAUUUUGUCAAGUGCAUUUUUACGAGUUCGUUGCAAAUUCAGCGUGAAAAUAAUUGUCUACCUACCAGUAAACAUCGACAAGCCAAAGUUCGUCGCUUUCUUGGUAUUUGUUGGUACGACUGCUUCACUUAUCGCUCAAAUUUCGCCUUCCGAAAAUGUAUCUAAACAAGACGCCAUCUUGGCUGCGGUCGCAAAACAGUGAAUAGCCAAGGAUAUGCCGAGUUACGUGGGCCAAUCAAAACGCGCGAAAAUUGCUAAUCACUGAUUUGGUGAAUACUAAAGUCGAAUACAUGCCACAGAGCAAACACAUACUUAAGCCACUUUUGCUUUCCUUUGGCGGGAAGUUUUUACUUGAAAGAGCUCUGCCUUAGAGUAGCUAGGGCUUCCGGUACUGUUUUAAGUUCUAGGGCCAUUCCUAAAGUCAUGUUUGGAAGAAUUUCGUUACACUCAUUGUCCUUCAUUUAUUCGUACUUAGCUGUGGCCAUGACCAUUGCCUUAGCGGUGAUAUGUGUAGCAAUUCUACUGGCGGUCGUCCUCAUCAUCAUUCUCUAUCGCAGAAAUAGAAAGGAAAAGGAGAGACUUGAACAUAAAAACGAGUGAGUAUACGCGACCGUCCUUUCACUCACUUAUCAGAACGGGUAGGAGCCAAUCAGGUCUUAAUGGGCUCCUGGAAACGGAGAGACUUAACCCCCUACCGGUUAUAUCUGUUGCUAGUGCGCGUAUCUGCUGUGAGGGAGGUCGCAGAGUAGUUUUUCAGGCCGGACCAACCGAGGGGCUCCUAAAAAGUUUGCAAGAUCGUCCUCACGGAUAUAAAGAGAGCUGAUGGGUUCAGUCAUUGUCCAUCCCCCUCUGUUUUCCUUGAAUCUUCCUUCCUUCCUUCCUUCCUUCCUUACAUAUUGGUUCCGGCUAUCACGUUUAAUCGAUGGCGGCGUUUAUUGGUAAUUUUGCUGCCAUCUGCGGCGUUUAAUCGAAUAAAUACGAUAGGUUGUUGGUAACUAUAUUACCUUAUUAGCGGGUGUUAACAGUAUCCCUAUUCAGACGCUACUGAUUCAGACCGGAGGAGGCUUUUGGAGCACCCCCUCGCGAAAAAGUUGAAUAACUUCAAAGCUAUUUACGCUAUGACCACUACUACUACUCAAUAGCAACUCUUCCUAAAAUUUAUCAGGGCACAUUUUCGAGCCGUCGUGACCGUAGGUCAUCAUUAACAUUGCUAUGGCAACCGAGCUUUGACAGCCAGAUUUUUCAAAAUUUGCUUAUUCCUUUUAAAAAAUGAUUUAUUUCUAUUUUAACAUAUUAAAUACAGUAUUACACUAAUUCAGCAAUACUUUAUCAAAUUUAGUGAUUGAUUUGGGAAAAACGUUCAAUUUUUAACAGUGUUUAUUUCUCGCGGAAUUUCAAAACUUGCUGAUCUUUCUUUAAUUCCUGACCAUCUUUUUAUACACAGAUCAAUUUUUUUAUCACGAUAACCUCGAUUUAUACGGGUUUCAAGGAAAAUUAAAUACAUUCAACUAAUUCAAGAUGGCGGAUUCAGGAUGGCAGAUGUCCAGAUCCUUCUUUAAUAAUAAAUGACGUCAUGACAUAGCAAACUUCUUAGUUUUUUCAGACACCUUACUAUUUGAGUAUUUUUCGCUUCAAGGGAAAAAACUGAUGGAAGUUGGAUUUUCCCAAAAAAUUCAACAAAUGACGUCAUAAUGACGUCAAAUUGCGUCAUUGUGCAAAACAACUUACGACUAGAUGUUGGAAAUGAUAAGCACUUUCCUCUGUUUAAUUCUGGUGGCUGUAUCAGGAGCGGUCUUGAAGUUAUAGAGGUUGGGUCCAGAAGCCCCCCCAAACGGUCGCAAGCCCGGUCUGUUACGUUAAGAAAGCUUUGAUUGAAUUUUAAUAUUACUUUCAAAUUUUUCUAUUAAUCCUUUCUCCGCUCGCAGAGAUAUGUCGAAUAUUAUAGAAAGAAGAUACGACGACUCCGUCAGCAUGAGUAGUUUAGCGCGUCAUGUCCCUUCUGUUGGAAGUUUUCCAGAGCCGCUAAAGGAGCCCGAAAUGAUUGACUUAGACAAUUUCGCCUUUGAUCAGGAAAGUCUGAACGAGAGCAUUCACGAAAUGGCCUUCACUUUUGGCGCCGACGAGGAAUACCAACCAAACGCGCAAAACAAGCAAGAAGACAGGAAAGAUGGUGUCAGUACCGGAAAUGCAACCUACGCAGUUGUCAUGAAACCCAAAGCUAAAGCUAAAGAGGACAUAGUGGAUGUUACACUGUAGUUAUUUUUCGACCCAUGAAAAGGAAUCCAAGCCAAACUUAGAAGUAAAUUCCGGAUUCUUUGUCCUUGGCUUGAAUUCCGGAUCCCAAUCGUUAGUGGGAUUCCUUUAGCUAUGUUCCGGAUUCCAACUCACCCAGGAUUUCGGAUUCCGCGAGCCAAAAUUUUUGGAAUUGGGGAAUCCGGAUUCCCUUCAAUGGCGAUAUAUUUUGAUUAACUUCUUUAAUACAUUAGCUGAUGAUCAUGGAGGUGCUGAAUCUCAAUUGUGGGGGGGGGCCUCCAUGGCGCCCGUGACAUUCCAUCCAGCUGUAUUAUGAGGAAAAUGCUACUUUUUGUUACUUAUAGCGCGGGUAUAUAUUUGCACACAUUUUCACAUAAAAAGAAAAAGGCAUAGACAUUUCUUGGGAUUCUCCUUUGCAGCAAAACUGAUUUUCUCGAAAAUCGUGGCGACAGGCAGGAGCCAGGUUAAGCUUAGUUCAAGUGAAACAAUUCGAAUUCAUUAUUGUCUCUUCCUUCAUACAGUAGUCGGUUGUCAUCACAAGGCAGAAAACGUUGCAACAUUUCUUUUAAUGUUUGAAUGCUGGGUAUCCUGUGGAAAAGGGAGUUUAAACGCCUAAGCCGUUUUUUCCUUGUUUAAGUCAAAACCUUGCCAACCCUGAAACACUGCCUGUUUAAGAAACUGUAAUAUAAUUUUAUUUUUCAUAUGACAAUAAGUGUAAUCAAUAUAAAUACCAUAAUCAGGUUAUCACAACGAUGUACUUAAAACCCUUGGUUAGUUAAGACAAUCAUGCAUACAUAUUUAAUUAUACUAACUGUACUGAGAACCUGAUUUAUAGAGAGGAUACCGUAAUUCUUCGGAUAAUAGCCGUGGACGAUUAUUUCAAGCUUUGUUUGCACCGAGAAGACGCGAUUAAUGCCUAAAUUUUGCUCGCCGGAUGUUGGUCCCUUAACCUGUCCUUGGCGGAUGGCACUGUACCUAGUACCGAGGGUCUUCUCGUUUUCCCCUAUGACGCUUUUUGAAAACCGAGAGGCCCCUAAGCGAGCUCGCCGCCUGUCGAUUCUUACUCUUGAUUAUCAGUGCAAUUGACGUCAAUUAUUGACAAUGUUAUCGUCAAUGUCAUCGGCAAACAUCUUCCAAAUUUGGUCAACUCUCACUAAAUAGGAAGAAUAGACCUUUUUAGCUUGUAUCUUUCCUUUUCCCAACUCACACCACGAGAAUUUCUCCAGGGGAUUUGCCUUUUGUCUUUUCAUAAGGUGUACAUACAUAUGCACGUAGAUGCACGUGCACGGGACGACAUUUGAAAAAUAACAGUUCCCUGGAGUACCAUCACGUUGUGUGAAAUGGGAAAAUGAAACAUACAAGCUAAAAAGGCUUGUUGGCCGAUGGAUUAAUCGGGGACGGAAAAUUUUGGGAAUGAAUAACAAAUUAUUCUUUAGUAAAGAGUACAUAUAGGCUAUUGAAUGACGUUGAGUAUAAUAUGAAGGUUCACGCAGAUGUGCUGGCGAGAUUGUCAUGCGUGGGGUACUUUCUUGGCGGCGGAGCUGCGAGGGAUUUUCACGAACGGCGAUUUCAAUUUGACUUGUUCCCAGUCUUCUCGUCACUCCCCCGCUAAUCCCGCCAGUUACGCAAAUAGUCAUCAAAAAAUGGAGGGCAUCCAUUGAGCAAUAUUUCUUGUGUAUUCUUGCAUUAACCAAACGGCUGUUUCGUCUUCGGAUAGCCUGUGAACUCUUUCGCCAUUUCCGUGAGUUCACUCACGCCAAAACAGCUAGGCUGCCGGGCCGCUCCCUAGAAACGAGGUUGCGAUUGUAUAUUGGGGGAAUAUACCCUGAACUUAUCGACAG